UGUCAUGUAGCUGUCAUGUUUGCCGGCAAAUAUUCCGAUGCUUUAAGUUUUAUAAUGAUAUAGAAAACUUCUGGUGGAAGAAUUUUGUUGGUGGCAUGCGUUGCAUUAUGUUCAAGCACUUGUAUACCAAGGAUGGAAAGCAUAAAGUGAGAAAGUUCCCAGACGGGUUUAUGUUCGGCACCUCAACAGCUUCAUACCAAGUGGAAGGUGGUUGGGAUGCUGAUGGUAAAUCUGAAAACAUAUGGGAUCACUUGACUCACAAAGAUCCAUGUGCCGUUAAAGAUUGCUCCAACGGAGAUAUUGCAAACGACUCUUACAAUCAGUACAAACGGGAUGUAGAAAUGAUGAGGGAAAUGGGCCUCGACUUCUACCGUUUUUCACUCUCAUGGUCAAGACUUUUGCCUACUAGCUUUCCUGACAAAAUCAAUGGAGCGGGAGUUCAAUACUAUAAUAAUCUUAUUAAUGAAAUGCUUAAAUACAACAUUGAGCCCAUGGUCACUAUAUUCCACUGGGACUUACCGCAAAAACUGCAAGAAUUAGGCGGUUGGACUAAUCCCCAUAUAGUAGACUGGUAUGCAGAUUAUGCUCGUGUGGUUUUUGAGUUGUUCGGGGAUAGAGUCAAAUAUUGGAUAACCAUGAAUGAGCCAUGGGUCAUCUGCUAUCAAGGAUAUGGUGCAGGUGUGUUAGCUCCCUUGUUGGAAAUUUCUGGCAUGGCCGAGUAUAUGUGCGCGAAGAACUUGUUGUUGGCCCACGCAAAGGCUUACCAUAUAUACGACAAGGAGUUUAGAUCGCAACGUGACGGGAAUAUUUUCAUAACAUUAAAUUCUCGGUUCUAUAUACCAGAAACCGAGAAUGAUCUCCAGACUUCUAAUGACUUGGCUGAUUUUGAGUUGGGAACAUACGCACAUCCAAUUUUCUCUGAGAACGGCGACUUCCCACCACGACUAAAAGAACUAGUCGCGAUCAAGAGCACAGAGCAGGGCUUUGCCAGAUCUAGGUUACCUGAAUUCACAACAAAAGAGAUUGAUUUUGUCAAAGGAACCUCGGACUUCUUCGGCCUGAACCACUACACCUCGUCAAUGAUCUACAGGAACGAGUCAGUCGUUGGCUACCACAAGAUUCCUUCAUACUAUGACGAUGUGCAGGCUAUCAUCUACCAGCCCGACGAGUGGAAAAGUGCUGCGUCACCGUGGUUGCGGGUUGUUCCAUUGGGCUUUUACAAGCUGUUGACUAAAAUCAGGAAGGACUACGACAAUCCCACUGUUUUCAUCACCGAGAAUGGUUUCUCGACGUUCGGUGGGCUGGAAGACGACGACCGCGUGUCGUACCUCCGGCAGUACCUUGACGCAAUGCUGGACGCUAUGAACGAGGGCUCUGACAUCGCGGCCUACACCAUCUGGAGUCUUAUGGACAACUUCGAAUGGGCGGCGGGAUAUACUGAACGCUUCGGAAUCUACGAGGUGGACUACGAGAGUCCUGAGCGCACGCGCACUCCGCGCAAGUCCGCCUUCGUGUACAAGGAGAUCAUCCGCUCGCGCUCGCUGGACCACCACUACGAACCCAACACCACCGUCAUGACCAUCGACGAACGACAUUGAAAACACGUAUACAUUUUCAUAAUGAACGCUUGUGAUAAAAAUACAGAAACAAAGUUAAUGAAUAAAAAAAUGUAUAUAUUUGAGAUGUUCAUGACUUUCACAAGAAUUACUGGUGCUAAGUUCCACAAAAUAAGACUUACACCUAUAUAAAAUAAAAUUGCGGGAACAAAAGA